CUUCAUCCAACACACAUUCAUUCAUCUUGUCAAACUUCCCGCAACUUGCAGACUCUUUGACCAUCACACUCGACGCUCGUUCAACGAUCCCCACGCCUCCUCAGACAUGUCGCCACAACUCAUUCUGCGAGGCCGUUGGCUUCACGCUGCCAUCUGGAUCGAAGGACUGGUUGCUGUGACCAUGUUCGGAUACUGUGCUGCCUCGGCGGGCGGUGUGCUCAACAUGUCCAGUUUCCAGUCGCAGUUCGAGGCCAUCGAUGUCGCCAACGCUCCGGAGAGUGAGAAGCAGCAUACGUCUACUAUUCAAGGUAUAUACACCUUGUUCGGCAUCGUCGGCGCUCUCGUCGGCGGCACAUUUCUCGGAGAUCUGCUCGGACGUCGCAAGAGCAUCUUCCUGGCGGCCACCCUUCAAUUGCUCGGCGCGAUCCUCAUGGGAACGUCAUACUCCUUGGCUCAGCUCAUCAUCGGUCGAGUCUUCACUGGACUUGGUGUCGGAGCCAUCGUCGCCGCCGUUCCAGUCUGGCAAUCAGAGCUAUCGGAGGCAGAGAACAGAGGAUGGCAGAUCGCAUCGAUCAGUAUCUCCAGCGGUAUUGGACUGAUGGCCGCACAAUGGCUGGCAUUCGCAAUGUCGUUCGUCGACGGAUCGAUCGCUUGGAGACUGACGCUUUCUGGAUCCGGACUCAUCUCCAUCUUCGUCAUGGCAACGAUCUUUGUGUUGCCUGAGAGCCCUCGAUGGCUCAAGCUGAAAGGACGAGGCGACGAAGCGAGGCAAAUCCUGGAGAUGCUUCUUGAAGAGCCGGAGGACGUGGACAAAUCGAUUGCCGACAUAGAGCAGGCCUUGCGAAUCUCUGCGAGCCAGGCCGGGCUGAAAGACCUGUUCUCGAUGGGUCCGCAGCGGAACCUCCAUCGGAUGCUUCUGGCUUGUGGCGUACAGGUCAUGCUUCAGUUCACUGGAGUCAACGCUCUCAUCUUUUAUACUCAGACCAUUUACGAGACCAACCUCGGCUUCUCUCCGGUCAAGGCCGGUAUCCUGUCAGCGACCUCCCCGGUUUUCAUGGUCCUCGGCGGUCUCGCCACAGCUGGCGCUGUCGACAAAUAUGGAAGAAGGGCUUUGAUGAUGUUCUCAGCCGCCGGAAUGGCCGUAUGCUUCGCCUUUGUGAUCGGCCUUAUUGCUCUAGGCACUCCCACCGCUCUGAUAGCUUCUGUUGCCUUCCUUUACAUAUACUACCUGGUGUACACAAUCGGAUUCAUCGGCAUCCCAUUCAUGUACGCCAGCGAGAUUGCUCCGGUCCAACUUCGUGCGGCCAUUUGCGGUGUCAGCGUGGCGGUCUCUUGGAUUUGCUCGUACAUUGUCGUUCAAAUCACGCCUUUGGGCAUCGCAGCGAUGAAGAGCAAUUUCUUUAUCGUCUGGCUGAUCCUGAACGCAAGCUUCGUGCCCAUCGUCUAUUACUUCUACCCGGAAACUGCUGGAAGGUCUCUGGAAGAAAUCGAUGCCAUCUUCGAGCAGUCGAAGUCGUGCCUGGACUCUGUGCGGAUCGCGAAGACCAUGCCACUCAUGCGUUCCAGCACACCGGAUCCGGAAAUGGCAGUUCAUGUCACUAAGCACGUUGUUGAGAAGGUGUGAA